GUCAUCUUCUUCCUCUUUGUGCCGCCUGUCUUUACUCUUGUAUUCUAGUGUCCUCGUGGUACCCGUCACCAAUAUUAUUUGGUACAAGUCACUCUGGAGACUCUUCAAAGAUUCAUUUUCUCCAUCUUGUCUGUUCGCACAUUUAUAUCAUCCUGCAUGUUACAGCCUCUAGGAAUACCGAUAUCUGCAACAUGGAGAUCCUGUCACUCCUUCGCAAAGGAUCAUGGGUUGCACACCUUUAUACUCUUGUGAAUCCGACGUCAGGAAGAAAUACCGAAAUUUGCAUUAAUGAUACAAACCACAUCCAAAUCGCUGGGCCCUGCAAAGGUCUCUUUCCAGUGGUGGUCGACCUUCAUUGAAUUUCAACGGUCACAUUACCCUUCGUGUCGCUGACCGCGAUGACAUCCAGGGCCAACAUUCUCCUCCUUCGCGAACCUACGCCAUCCUCCGACACUGGCCAGGACAGGAAUGGAGCCAUCUUUACUGCAGCAAACAACACGCCUUUCUUGAUUCCAGUGGUCGAGACCGUGUUCUCGAAUAUCAAUGAACUCACAUCCGUAACAGCACAGGGCAAUUUUGAUGGAGUUGUCAUGACCAGCGCACGCUCAUGUGAGGCCUGACACAAGGCAAAUGGUGCAGCCAAGAACGGUACGUGCCGCAUUCACUUUCUCGAAUUUUGUUCUCAAUUUCAGCGACAGAAUGUCCGUUCUAUGUCGUCGGGAAGGCUACCAGCUCGACAUUCUCUCAACGUUUGAAGGAGAGACCGACGGGCCAUGGCGGAUCGUGUUCUUUGCACCGUCUGCUGCCGAAUUCAUUCUACCCUUUCUGAAGGAGGGGUUCGACGUGGAUUCAGUGAAUAUUGCUGUCAUUUGACCAACCACGCAUUAAUAUCAAAGCAAUUCAAUACAUGAAACAUUAUAGACAAAC